CGGCCCCUUAAUCUUUCUUUCUUCCUUUCUCCCAUCGCAAUCCUCCUUCCGUUCCCCUUAUUUUAUCGUAUCUCUUUUACUUGUUUGAUUCUUUUCUCCCUCUCUCUCUUCUUCUUUCCUUUCCUUUCAGUUCUUCUUCUGCUUUUGACAUACGCGUCUGUAAAUAUCUAGAGCCCACGCCCUCAUAUAUUCAUAUACACAAACACAUAUGUUACGACGACUACAUCGAGCAAUAGUAGGACUUGCUUUACUGCUAUCCGUAGGCUUUAUCAUUGGGAUAACCAUCAUUCCCCGUAUACACAACCAAAAUCUUUUGCAAGAACCGAGCAACGCUCCACACUGGCUGUCAAAUCCUUUUAAUAGCGCAGAAAACACCUCCUUGUCAACACCUCCUCCUCCAUUACUAGAGCAUCCACCACUGCCGUCGCCACCGACGACUCAAGAAGAACGAUUUUUAUCAUACAGUCCACAUGGAGACUAUUUAGAACAGCAUGAAGCAUUACGGAUGGCAGUCCGACUUGCAUACGAGACGAAUCGAACAGUCAAAGCUCCUCCAUUACGACUCGCGUACGGCAACAGCACAUGGAUCCAUAUCCCAUGGUCCAAGUUGUUUGAUUUUAGCCCUCUGGAACAGACGUUCGGGAUCCGGAUCUUUGAUCGACCUGUGGCAGCUACAACAACAUCAUCACCAACAGAAUCAAGGGAAACGCCGCUGCCGACAAUCGAAUACGAGCAAGCCGAAUACUAUGAGCGUGUUGAGAUAACGCACAAUUCGCAUCUACGCAACAACGCACAGCAGCAAAAGACGAAAAGCAAAAACCCUUGGUUUUUCAUGCAAUGGUUUCAAAAAGGAACGGGAUCAGCGGUAAAUGGCCAUGGAAGAAAGCUAUUGGACGUCGUUGUCGAUUCAUCCCUGCCAGCUCCACCAAAGCGUAUAUUCACGCUGAGCGAUCUGAAAAAGUUGGAAAGCCCAUACGUACAUUGCAAUGCCUUGGGGGCAUGGAUGUUUCGUAAAGCUCUGGAAGUCAAAGAUCAGCAGCAGAUUUUGAACGUGGCCAUGACGUCCACCAUGCUAGUGCGACCUGACCAACUCUUUCCAAUGAGGGCUGCAGCAGAAACUAUCGUGCACGCGUUGGGAGGUGCAGGCGGGUUCAGUGGAUUGACAGUUCAUUUGAAUCGGAUGGUGCCUCAGGAAGAGUCGGACAAAUGGUUGUAUGCAGAUGGUGGCGAUCAGCUGGAAGGAGAGAAUAGUACAACUACAAUGGAAACAAGAGCAGCAGCGGCAAGAGCAUUGAUGAACCGACGGCGGAUGAAUGCUAUCAGGGAUGCGGCAAUGGAGUUGUUUAGCAAUAUGCCUAUUGAUCAAGCGGUAUCGGCAGCAAUGCCAGUUCAGGCAUCCGCAUUACGCGAUUAUCUGGACGAACACCAAGAACGAUUAAAGAAGCAAGGAUCAUCGGAGGAGCAGCCCCUGUUGGAUCGUCGGCGUUUGCUGGAUAUGUGCAAGGAUUAUCGCCGCCACGUCGAUGAACGGUUCCCAAUCGUAUACAUGAUGUUGCACGACGAGGACGAGGAUAACAGUAGCAAUGCCACUCCAACGGCUGAUCCAUUGCUACGUGAAAAUCAAGAAGACGUUGCAAGGAUCCUGAAGCCCAUAUUAGACUAUUUCCCGUGUGUGUUUUAUCGAAAGGACUUUUAUCUGUGGGAAAUGAUUAACGCGUCUUGGGCGAUUGAAAGCCAAUUGGAACUAGCACCAAAAGAAGUGUUGGAUGGCGACACGCUCAUGUCGACGCAAAUGGUGGAUUAUGAGCGAUUGUUGUCGCCACUCUUGGAUUUACUGAUAGCAGGUCAAGGCUAUUCCUUUUUUGAAAUCCCUCCAUCGCCGUUGACACGCGCAGUGGGAUGGCAGCUGACGGGAGUGGACAAAUAAGAUGCUUUUUGCACUGUGUAAAUAAUAACAAUAAAAAUAAACAAUUUUGGGGAUUACCAGGGCAACCUAGAGAUCACCAUGACGACAACGACAGCGCAU